CGUCGUGUCGGAUUGCGUAGCCCCACCGUUAAUCAAUCACUCAACGAUCAACCACCCAACGUCGUCUUAUCGCCGGCGGUCCAGCAGGCGGGCAUCCCUGACUGCAAGCGGUGGUCCUCGGCACUAAUCAACUAUCGCCAUCUGCUCAACACAGUCUGUCAAAUUAGUACCUCCGGCUCAGCAGGCCCUGUGCUUUCCUGCUCCAUCCAAGCUAUGGACGUUGAGCACCCAAGGCCCACCAAGAAGCGCCAUUUGGCGGCGGAAGAACGACAGCGAGCGGUUCGCGCCUGUGGCGAGUGUCGCCGCCUCAAGGAGAAAUGCGAGGACGGGAUGCCCUGUAGGCGCUGUCGCCAUUUACGCAGGCCAUGUGAAUUCAAUCUUCUGCCUACUACGGUGGACAAGCGAGCACCCGACUUUGCCGGCUCGGUCAAAGAGCUGAGGGACCGCUUGCGAUACAUGGGAUUUAUCCUCAAACACCAUUUUCCCAAUCUCGCCUUGGAUACCGACUCUCUGCGACGCACAUGCGAUGCGCUGUGCGCGCCGACUCUACGACCUGACGAGAACGAAACGACCGUCGAGUCGCUCGAGCCGCGCGCAAAUGCGCAACAGUCUGACAGCCCUGGGAUUGACGACGAGGAUUGCACCAUCGACUACGUAGACAACACUACAGUUCACUAUUCUGGCGAAUUCUCUCACUGGAACUUCUCCAUGCACAUCAAGCGCAAUAUAGACGAACUGAUGGUCAAAUCCAAUGUGCCGCGCUUGGAAAACGUCAACCGCGUACCAGUCUUCAUCCGCGUCGGCGAGGCAGACCCGGCCUCGACUUCCAUCUCCGACAUAAUUGCCAUUCUUCCACCCCGCCCUGUAACCGCUUUUUUGACUAAUGUCUUCUUUAAGCAUGCCACAAGCUUCUACUAUUAUGUAGAUCGACGCUGGCUGGACGGUAUUUUAGACCACAUAUACACAAAUGUGACCGGGCUACGCCCAAAAGACGUUACCGCAGUAUGUGUGGUGCUGAUGGUGCUGGCAGUUGGAACCCAAUACGUCCACUUGGAAUCUCCCAAACGACACAGUGGGCGCAGCACUGGCGUUUCACCAAGCUUCGAUACCCAAAAUAACUGGGAGUUCGACAUUGGAUCCACCUUUUACCGUCAAGUUUCAAAGCUUCUUUCGGAAUUCAUUCACACUGGCUCGCUACUCAGCGUUCAGGUUAUCCUGCUUCUUGGUCUUUAUGCCCUACCCAUCGACGCCUCCGGACUGAGUUACAUCUAUUUAAAUUUGGCCAUUAAGGUAGCCAUACAAAACGGCAUGCAUCGAAAGACCUCUCGUACCGUUUUUGAUGAGAGCACCAAAGAGAUCAGGCUUCGCAUUUGGUGGACGGUGUACUCUGAAGCAUUCCUCCACGAAAUAUCACAUCUUAGAACCUGCACAAGAUCUGAGAUUGGGACUAUAUUGAAUCGUAUCAAGCGCAUGAAGACGAAUCUGCGAGGACAGUGGUCACCUCCUCGCGGCGAUGCAAUAUCAACAUCCACGGCAGACCAAACAGUGCAAUCGAAAUCCCGCGCGGAGAUUCAUUCUCAGUUGGAAUACUGCCUGUUGAAUAUGUUCAUCGGGCGACCAUUCAUCCUGGCCCAUCGUCAACUACGGGCCGAUGUCCAUUUCAAAGGGGCCAAUGCUGUACCGGGACCUACAGAAGCACCACGAACAAAAGCAGCCGAGUCGCAUGUGCAGUGGGAAUUUUUGGUCCAGGACUGUGUCGCGGCUGCGAUGGAGGUCAUCGGCAUCUGUCAUACCCUGCAGACGGGGGGCAUCGGCCUCGCAAAGUCGUCCUAUACCGAAUACAGUUCCUGUCGUGCGGCCCUGCUGGUCUUGAUUGCCUACAGCAUCUGUUACCGUACGAACGAGUUCUCUAGCACCUUACAGAAAGGUCUUGAUGCGAUCAGAGAAAUGGCUUCGGUGGGUGAUUCAGCGCGCUCAGAAGUCUGUCUCCUUGAGACAUUGGAAGCGGCGUUGCAUCGAAUUCACAUGUUCGAUCCAAUACCGGGCCAACCCACAGUUACAGGAACGAAAAACUCGGCGCAAGAGGGUUACGAAGGUUUUGUCAACUGGUACACGAAAUUAGGAGGCUCCACAAGUUCUUGUGCCGGACUCUCGGCAUGCAACGGUGAUGAUGCAAAAGGAGUGAAAGCGCAAAACCGAGAGCCUCGUCCGCAGGCAGGACCAAACAGAAGUGAUCCAGCGAUGACCAGCAUGCAAAGCGACCUAUUCGUCGAUGAUUAUCCAUUCGAUUUUGAUUUACUAAACUCGGUUGGAAACGUGGCUUUCCUUACGCCAGACUUCAACGAACAUGGCUAUCCAGAGAGAGAAUUGUUUGUUAAUCUUCUGUAG